GUAUAGUUUGUUUUACUUGCUACACGCAGAAUGAGUCAGGACUCGACUCACGGUCAGGCAAAUCCUCACGCGGAGCCUGAGCACGUUAGUGUGCAUACGGUGCACACUGAAGCAUCCAGUUACGUGCCCCAGCAGCCGCAGCCUCAGCCAGAACCUCAGCCCGUUCCGGAGCAGUUCGCGGGUCAGAACCCGAAUUUAGCCAUUCCGAUGUUCCAACCACAAAUGGUUGCGAACAUGUUCCAAUUCUUCCAGCAGAUGGCUGGAGCGCACGUACCACCACCACCACCUCCUCCUGCACCCAUUGUCUCAAUUGAAAAACUCAAGAGGAAUGGGGCGCAGGAAUUCUGUGGCGACCAGAUAGCGGACCCUCAAAUAGCCAAGCGUUGGCAAGAACGCACGGUGAGGGUACUCGAGAAUUUGAAGGUACCUGUUGAGGAUUGGGGACAGCACGCCAUAUCCUUAUUGCAAGAUGCCGCCUAUGAUUGGUGGAAAAGAGUGGGCGCCAACAUUCACGUGCCAGUACAAUGGACUACCUUCGAGCCACUCUUCAGAGCAGAGUAUGUGCCCGAUCACUAUGUAGAGGCCAAAUAUGAGGAAUUCUCCAAUUUCACUCAAGGGAAGCUGACUCUUCCCGAAUACCACCUGUCGUCAACACUCAUAAUUGCUCCCCGAGCCGACAUCAACGAUGUCUAUAAGAAAGCUCUUGAGCUGAACGAGGAACUCAUCAGGAAAGCUGCGUAUGAACAGGCACUACUGGCAGAAAGUCGGGCCGUCCAUUCAGGCCCGAAAAUGGGGCAUGGGAGCAAGAGGACUUUCUCCGCACCGAGCAACUCUCGCCAUGAUAAGCGAGCGAAAUCUACUCCCUCUACAUCUGUGGCCGUCACUAGUAAGAGCGGGAAGGAGAAGAUGACAUACCGUAAUCUAGUAUGUUCACACUGUAACCGCAGACAUACUGGUGAGUGUUGGUUUACACAGGGUCUUUGCCUCGGGUGUGGUCAGGCAGGUCACUUCCGGAACGAUUGCCCGACGAACCCAGGCAAGGCUUUCUCCACGGCACCAGGCACGCCGACUGCUCCUACUGUCCGAAGGGCCGAGCCUACCCAGAGUCAUCGUUCUACGGCCGCGUCCAACCAACCAAAGAAACCAGCAACUAGUCAACAGCAGGGACGAGCACCAGCUCGUACAUAUGCCAUGCAAGGGCGUACAGAUCCGCAGGCUGAUGAUGUCAUCAUGGGUAUGUUCACUUUAUUUGAUAUCACCGUAUCUGCAUUAAUUGACCCUGGAUCUGCCUUAUCAUACAUAUGUGUACCUAUGCCUGUUACAUCUGACGUCACUAAGGAAACUCUUGAGCAUCCGAUAGUUGUGUCGAACCCACUGGGACACAAUCUACGUCUCCAACAUGUCUAUAAUCAAUGUCCGUUGAUGGCUCAAGGAAAGAUAUUCUUGGCCGAUCUCAUUGAACUCCCUCACAAGGAGUUUGACGUUAUACUUGGCAUGGACUGGCUGUCGAAACACCAGGCUAUUGUUGAGUGCAAGGAACGAGUGGUGAAACUUCGUACAGACGACGGUAACGAAGUAAUCAUUCGGGGAGAACUUCUCCCAAAGGCCCCAGAAUUCAUCUCUUUUAUGCAAGCAAAACGGCUCAUUCGCAGGAAAUGGCUUCGUAAGAACACGUGACAAUUCCUAUAUGCCUUCCUUUGUGGAUUGGGACUUCCGGAGAUUAUUUCCAAGAAGAUUGAACGUCGGAAGCUCGAAAUUGAUAGGGGUGACGGUAACGAUACUGGUCAUGGAGCCCAUCCCGGAGGUCAAUGAGAGUGAAGAGAUGUACGGACUGGUGGACCACAUUUAUGAUGCUUUAAUUAAAUAAAUACCUUAUCGGGCGAGUACCCAGAAAAAUGUAAAACAAUUUGAUUAUGUUUUAUAUUUAAGCUUCCGUACUGUUUCAACAAUACUCUGAAUUUAAUAUUUGAAAUUAUCACUUAUGUUAAAGUUUAAAUGGGUUUUAAAUUGUCCUUCAAAUUACCAUGCGUAUUUACCAUCAUGGUAACUACUCCGGCUCAAAUAAUCUAGGUAAUUGGGU